AUGGAGCUUAUUGACAAAACGGUCGAGCUGCGUGGCAGUCAAGUGCUCAAUAUGCACUCGUACCAUUCGAUCAUUUGGCGGCGACGUAUCAUGGCGUUUGCCACACUUCUUGCAUGGGUGAGUUGCGCUUAUUCCAAACAAAAACGACAAUUGUUACGUCUUCUACUUCGUAGUUUAGUUUAGCAUGCUCAUUUGUCAUGCGUGCAUUCAACAUACAGUUUGAAUUAAAGAAUGUGAUGGGACAAGGAAGAAACUUGCAUUCUUAAUGUGAUUAAAAGUGUCUUUUAGAUUGGAGUCCUACUGCUGAUUGCCGCUUUGUCGACGACGAGCUGGGCCACAAUUGACUUCGUUAACACUGACUAUCAUCCGAUUCAUGUCGACCUUGGAGUCUGGGGAGAGUAUCGCACUGUGAACAAUUUCAAGCAAACCACGGGUCAGUCAUAAAACGGCGUCUCAUCAGCAUAGAAUUCUUAUUAUUAUAAUUUCAGUCGAAUGGAUUCCUCAUUUCCCGGCACCGCCCGAAAACAUUCUGCGUCUCGCGGACACUCAUCUCAAACGUACGUGUCUCUGUCUAUAUUCCUUGUCCUCCCUGUCAAUUAUUAUUUAUUAAUGCUGAAUGACGAAGUAGUAAAGCGAAAAUGCAUGCACUUUUCUUUCCGGGGGGACCAAUCCGUGUCUUUCAGAUUACUACCGCUCGCAGGCGUUCAUGGGUUGUUUUGGAGCGGUGAUCCUCCUCUGCACUAAUUUCCUGGCUGUUUACACGUUCUACCAUCACCGGUACAUGUACAAGAGAGCCGUUGCCGCCCUUUAUCUUUUAGUCGGUGAGUAGAUCCCCUACGAAAGUUGAUGAAUUGUAGUGUUCAUCAUCAUCUUGUCAGAGCUGUCCGUCAUGUGCUCGAUUCUUUUUUUAAAGUUUAAAAGACACUUUUGUCUUUUUCUCACGGCGCACGCAUAUAAAAAUGUGUCGUGAAACUCGAUAGACAGGGUGUAAGAGGUGUAAACUGAAAUGAACUUAAGUUGAGUUUAAUGAGCAGUUGUCCGUGACUUUUGCUCGCACGUAUACCUUACGCACAAAGCACAAUCUUUCGGGAAUACGAGUAACGUUCAUUCGGACUUUAACUAUGUUACACUUCCGUAAUCUCAAACACAUUACUCAAAAGAAGAAAGACGGAGAAAAAACUCCGACGGAGAAUUCUCAUGGGAAUACAUACUUGUCAAAUGUUGAUUAGUGAAGGAAAACAACAAUAUUUCAUGGUUCCACAUUUCAGUGAUGUGCAUCUUUGCCACGAUCGAGGUUCUUUCGAGAAGCAUUGAUGAAUGGAACACAGCUGUUGCAAAGGUAGCUGAAAGCUCGAUAAUAAACAAGAAAAACGAUUGGAUUGCAGAACGGAGAGUUCGAUUACGAAGCUGGAAAGAAAAUGGGAUUCUCGACGCGUCUUGCCCAAGGAGCGAUUGCGACCAGCUUCAUCGCUUUCCUCGCCUUCGCCCUUGGAUCGCACAAGCAAAAAGGAGAGAAUGCGGCGACUGCCGAACUGGAGAUCGAGGACCGUGAAUACCAUAUGGGACGAUGA